GCGUCUACGGCGUCGACUGGCAAGCAGCUCUCCAAGCAGAAGCUGCUCAUGGGCUUCCUCGUGGACCCGCAGCUGGGCGACGCGUUCAUGGAGAUCACGCAGAGGCUGAGCUUCAGCGAGACGAUCACCAGGACGGCGAAGUGGUGCACUAGGAAGCAGGCCUUGGAGGUGUACUCGGACUCGGAGCUGGACGAAAUGGUGGCGAACGACAAGAUCGAG